GUAGUGCAGGAGUACGAACGAGCGGUUAUCUUCCGCCUCGGUCGUCUCCUGAAGGGCGGCGCCAAGGGUCCCGGAAUCUUCUUCGUUGUUCCCUGCAUCGACUCGUACAGGAAAGUCGACCUCCGUACUGUGUCAUUCGAUGUUCCGCCACAAGAGAUACUGUCUCGCGACUCAGUGACCGUGUCUGUGGAUGCCGUUGUAUACUACCGUGUGUCUGACCCCAUAAUGGCACAAACUAACGUAGAGGAUUACAGCCACUCGACUCGUCUCUUAGCCGCCACUACCUUACGAAAUGUCUUGGGAACGAAGAAUUUGGCUGAGAUCCUGAGCGAGAGAGAGAGUAUUUCACACAACAUGCAGAGUUCCCUAGACGAGGCUACCGAUCCGUGGGGCGUCAAGGUGGAGCGAGUAGAGAUCAAGGAUGUCCGACUGCCAGUGCAACUGCAACGUGCUAUGGCUGCAGAAGCCGAGGCUGCACGAGAAGCUCGAGCCAAGGUGAUCGCUGCAGAGGGUGAACAGCGUGCCUCUAGAGCCCUCAAAGAGGCUGCGGAUGUUAUCAACGAGUCUCCAGCCGCCCUGCAGCUACGCUACUUGCAAACGCUCAGUCAAAUAUCGGCAGAGAAGAACUCGACCAUCAUUUUCCCUCUUCCAAUUGACUUAAUCAACAAUCUUGUUUCAAAGUAGGAAAGCUGCGUUACUUGCAAACCCUCAACACCAUCUCAGCAGAAAAGAACUCGACUAUCAUCUUCCCGGUCCCCAUCGACAUUAUCCACCACUACAUGAGGAAAUAGAUGCAUUGCAGUAGAUGCUCCUUUGGUUAUAGGAAUUAUCCUAAAUGACAUUGACGUAAAAAGGACUCGAGCUUCAGACGUUAUUGACACCCAUGGACACAAUUUUAGACAUCUUGUAACCGAGUGAUAGAGAAAUAGAGUUUAAUUCCACAUAUAAUUAUCAGAUUUAAUAAAUUCAAUGACUAAUAACAAAGAAACAUCAUCUCAAAAUUUAUAAAAAUGAAGGAUUUUUGCCUUAAUUCAUAAACCACAGUAGUACUGUAAUAUGGAUCAAGUGUAAACUAAUUUUGAAAUUUACUAAUUACUUAAAUUGUACAUUAUUGUAUAAUGAAUUGCUAGGUUUUUAACUACGGUAACUAGUUGCCGACACAAACAAGUACGUAUCUCGUUCAUGAAAAAUGCUUGGCAGAUACAGUGUACAGUACGAAAAGGAUAAACUAGAAAUUAUCCUCAUUACUGUUAUGCUUAUCAUUCUUUAGUUGUCUAGGAAAAAAAUUACCUUACUGUACUUAUUAUAUCACUAACAUAAUACUAAUAAAAUUUACAUUUCAAAUUGUUUCCUAUAAGUGAGAUGAUGUUCAUUAGUGAUAUGUGAUUAUUGUCAUGAAAUUUAUUCUUUUAAAAUUAAGAAUAUACAGUACUGUAUGGAACAAAAAUUGACUUUGGGCAGUGAAAACUAUUUCUUGCAUUUGAGAACAUUUUAAAACAUUUCUUAAAAGAGCUGUCUGCAUGACCAAUGAAAAAUUGUUAAUGCACUUACUUAGUAAUUUGUUCCAUAAAUGUAUGUCCAUACACUGUAUCCACCAUUGGUACUGUACUGUACUGUACUCUAUGUAAAGUUAGAAGAAUUUGACUUUGGACUAACAACUAGUAUCACCCAGUAAUUUCAAAAGCUAAAGUCAGUUUCAAAGUUGAGAAAAUAUUUUGUUGUGGAACAAUGUUUGAGUCUUGGAUGGUAAGAUAUGAGACAGCCAAUCAUUAUAGAGUUCUCAAGAUUUGACUUACCUUCCCUCACACAGUGUGCCAGAACAACACGACCUUGGAGUUAACAGAUGGUGGAAAAAGUUUUGUAUAGAAAUAAUGUUAAUUAUUACGUAGUAGGAGGAAGCUUGGGAGACUUAGAUUGUUAUUGGAAUUUCAAAGAACCAAAUUGAUUUUCCAAAGUGAUUAAUGACCUUUUUAGGAAGCAAGAAAAGGUUUCAUAUAUUAUUCUUUCAUGUAAGAAAGAUACUACAGUUUGUAUUUCCUUAAAGUGUAGACAUUAACCCCAAUCCUGUGUAAAUUUUUCAUCAAUUUGGCCUCCGUCAUUUUAGAGAAAUGAAUAUUCAAAUGCCAAUUAGAGUGAAAGGUCUAUAUUUACCCACAAUUCUAGAUAUAUUCUCAAUUACUUAAGUAGUUAAAUAAUUGAUUGUGCAUAUUGACUUCAGUUUAAGAAUUAUUAACAUUACCUGCAAAUCAUUUAUAUUAGCCUUAGUAGAAUAGUUUUAUAUUAAGUCUUUGUGCCAGUGUUCGUUCACCUUGUUUUGGCCUCAGGUUGAUAACUCUGGCUGCCACAUCACAGGUGGCACUUGGCAUGGCUUUAAUGUUGAAGUGAUGUCAGUGUCAUUUCAUCUUUGAAGCAAUGUUUUGUACUUUCUUGGAUAUGGUUCCUUUCCUGACCAAUAUAUAUAUAUAUAUAUAUAUAUAUAUAUAUAUAUAUAUAUAUAUAUAUAUAUAUAUAUAUAUAUAUAUAUAUAUAUAUAUAUAUAUAUAUAUAUAUAUA